AAACUGAAGACAAAGAUGGGUUUCCAGAGUUUCGACUUUCCAACUCAGAAUUUUGAAUUCCAUUUCCUCCACUACGACCAUUUUGCCAUUUGGAACCAGGUCAAAUCCAACCCACCCACCACCCACGGCCCCCACCAACCGCUCCAUUUCAUUUCCAUUCCCACCGUCCCACUCAAUUACUCCAUCGCCGCCCCCAAAACCCUCCGGGAAAACCAUCGCCGCCGCCCCUAACUGCGUCUCCGAUCAUAGAAAAUAGAACAUGCAGAGACCUAAUCGAUUCCUGAGGAAUUUCCCCACCCAACUCCUGUUUCUCGCACUGUGUCUCUUCCCCUGUUCUUCUUCCUCUCUCAAGUUGGGAGAGACAUGUGCUUCGGACGGCGACUGCGACGCCGGCUUGCGCUGCGAAACGUGUGAUGCAAACGGGAAUACUCGGCCCAGAUGUACCCGAAUCCGGCCACUGGAACCCACAUCGAAGGCGAACAGUCUACCUUUCAAUCGGUAUUCAUGGCUGACGACUCACAACUCCUACUCUCUUUUGGGGGCGAAGCCGGCGCUCGGACCUGUUCUUGUUUCUCCCAGGAACCAGGAAGAUUCAGUUACCAAUCAGCUCAAUAAUGGUGUUCGAGGUCUAAUGCUUGAUAUGUAUGACUUCGCCAACGAUAUCUGGUUAUGUCACUCUUAUGAUGGUGUCUGUUACAACUACACAGCAUUUCAACCAGCCAUUAAUGUGCUGAAAGAGAUUCAAGGGUUUCUAGAAGCAAACCCAUCAGAGAUUAUUACCAUAUUUAUCGAGGAUUACGUGACAUCCCCGAAUGGGUUGACUAAAGUCUUUAAAGCAUCUGGCCUUACUAAAUACUGGUUUCCUAUGUCUCGAAUGCCUAAUGAUGGAGGAGAUUGGCCUACUGUGGAUGAUAUGGUUCGGCAGAAUCAACGUCUGGUGGUGUUCACCUCUAAAUCAUCUAAAGAGGCUUCUGAGAAGAUUGCUUAUGAGUGGAACUAUGUUGUGGAAAAUCAAUAUGGAAAUGGUGGGAUGACAGCUGGUUCAUGUCCAAAUCGUGCAGAAUCAUCUCCCAUGAAUACAACAACAAAAUCCCUGGUUCUUGUGAAUUACUUUCCUGAUAACCCCAAUCGCACAGGAGCUUGCUUGGUUAAUUCAGUUCCACUAAUUAGCAUGACAAACACUUGUUAUGAAGCUGCUGGCAAACGAUGGCCAAAUUUUAUUGCCGUUGAUUAUUACCAGAAGAGUGAUGGUGGAGGUGCUCCAGAAGCUAUAGAUAUAGCAAAUGGUCAUUUGACUUGCGGAUGUGACAAUCUCGCCUAUUGCAAGGCCAAUGCAACGUUUGGAACAUGUGAUGUCCCAGUGAUGGUUCCUCCCCCACCAGCAGCAGGAACAUCCCAAGUGGGAGGAACAUCACAAAAUUUCAGUAUUGCUCAUUUGGAUAGCAGACCGCUCCUGUGGUGUUGGUUGCCUGUGAUUACUCUGACCACGGCCCUUGUAUCAUGGUUAUAGUUUUUCCCCAUUUGUUUAGUUAAUUAUUCCCUUCUCAUCCUAGUUGAAAUUGACCGAUGAUGCACUUUGGCUUCUUUGGUCUUGUGUAAUAGCAAAUAAUGCAUCGGCAUCACACACAGUUUUUAUUUUUUUUAUCAGAUGAUUUCUAUAAUUUAAUUGAUUUAUUGUGCUGGAA